AUGUCGAAACGCAGUGCUGUAGACAAAAUUGGUUAUUACCAAAAGAAAAUCAAAAAAUUGGAAGAACAAGAAAGGAAACGAUAUAAACGAGUUAUUGUUUACUCCGAUUCUUCCGAUGCCGAAGAAAAUGUUGAUAACGAAGCUGAGGAUUGUAAUAAGGUUGUAAACGAUGACACCAUGGUAACAUCUAUUCCUUCCGAGGAGCAUCCUCAGUUAACAACUGAAGAUAAAGAGGAAGAAACAAUUCCUACAUUAGACCAUGAACUAUUGUCAGCUUUGGGUGAUACGGAUAGUGACGAGCAAAAAUACGGUGAAAAUAUUCACCAGGAUCUUGCCCACCGUUGGCUUCCUCUUCUACGUAAGGGUCUUACUAAGGAAACAAGACAAAACUUGUUAAAAGCGUACUUAAUUCCCGAAAACUGCAAGCUUUUGAGAGCACCUACGCUGAAUCCCGAGAUUGCAGCGGUCGAUCAGCAAAAACUGGGCUUAGGUAUUACUGCCGUUAAUAGAGCUAUGUCUUUACUUCUCAUCGGAGACAAUAAAGUUCAAGCGAUAAAAAUUUUAUCUGAUGCUUGCCGUAUAUUAUCCGACCUCCAUCACUCUGAGACUCAAAUCAGAAUAAAAUUGGUGACACCCGGAUUAGACAAGUGUUUUCUUAAAAUCAUUCAUGAGAGUGAAAGAGACGAAACUCUUUUUGGCAAUAACCUUCCUCAAAAGAUUAAGGCGCUAAAAGCCAUCGAGAAACAAGGUCUUCAGAUUAAGAAAACAGACCCUAAACCUUCCACAUCACAGUUAGCAACAAGUUCGUCUUUAAGAGACAAUCGCUACCAGGGAAACUGGAGAUUCCCUUCCCGCUCCCAGAACAAGAGGGGGCGGGGAGGGCCAAAGAAGUCAUCGGGGACCCGCAGGGAUCAUCCCUCUCAGGUGUAUCCACAAACGAGGUCUUGGAGCAACAACAAAUCUUACCAUGCUCCAGUUCAGCAGUAA